UAAAAACGUAAGAAAAAUGGCAAAAAAGAUUCCAUUUUCUUGUGUUUUUGCUUCAGAUGAAGAUUUGCCAACUUAUCCGGCCUCAGAAUUAAACUCACAUGGUCCUCAUAUUUUUGGGUGGCGUUCUAAGCCAGAUCCAAGUUUAGACAAAAGUCCAAAAGAAAUCGUCCUUAAAUUUCAUUAUCCUGCCAAAAUUUACAAGAUCCAAGUAUUAGCACAUCAAUAUUUAAUUCCCGAAAGAAUCGAUUUAUUUAUAAAUUAUUCGUCUAAAAGUGCAACACCAUCUAGUCAGACAUUUGAAUAUAUUGGAUUUAUUUCAUUAUCACAAGCAUCAGAAAAUUUUCAAUCACGUGAACUUCAAAGUAUCUCCAUUCCUGAGAAAUUAGCAACACAUUUAAAGUUACGUAUGGGUGGUCCAUAUAGUAACAAACUGAAUCCGCACAAUCAGUUAGCAUUAUUAGCUGUUAAUGUUUUGGGUGAAGAAUGUCAACCGAAUGAUUUAAAUCAUCUUAGGAUUAAAAGCUCUACUGAUGAGAGUACCGAAAUUGGAUUAUCAUCAAUUACUGAUGAUUUGAGUUAUUGUAUGUAUGUUGAGGAGAGUAUUGUUGAUAUUGUGAAAAAAUUGGAGCAGCUUAAACAUCGAGCAGUUGAAGAUGAAAGAUUUGAGUAUGCCAGAAAAUUAAAAUUAUGUAUGAACUGCUUGAGAACAGUUGGCGAAAGACUCGGGCGUUAUGCACUUUCAAAGAGAUUAUCGGUAUUGAAGGAAGAUUUUAAUACAGCACGGUUGAGAAAGGAACAAAUGGAAUUAUACAAGAAGGUUGUAUUCGAGAAAUUGGAAAUCGAUAAGCUUUUUGAAUAUGACGGCCUGUUAGUCGAGAAUGACAUUUGUUCUGAAACAUAUGCAGCAAAGCCACAAUUACCACAAGCACCGACACUUGUUGAAGUGGCAAAAUAUUUAGAGAACUUAAAGGCCAACGAGGCAUCAAACGGAGAUACAGCAGGAAAGUCAAAUUUACAGCAAGAUAAACUUCACGAGAUCCCACAAUCCCCUCAAUUUAGAUGUAAAUCAAAUUGUGAUCAAAUAAGUAAGUCGUCACCAAGAAGUUCCCCUAAUACCGGUUCAUUAAGACGGAGGAACAAAAGUGCACCUAGAAAUACCAAUUAUGACCAUGACGAACGAGAAAUUCCCACAUUAAGGCAUUCUCAUACGAAUGAAUUUUUAAGGGAAUGUCAUCAUCCAGAACCUGAAAUGCGUGGUCGAUCAAAACUAAAUGAUAGAGAGAAAAGACAAGCCUCAAUACCCAUACUCGUUUUUGGAAUUGACAUUGUUGAACUAUUUUAUUCGAGACAAUUUCAAGAUCGCGAAGAAGCUUUAUUAAUGCUGCGAGAGAUUCUAAAGAAUCCAGAAAAACCUGAAUUUGGAUAUAACAAAACAACAAGGGGUGCAACAAUAUUAUUACAUCGUGCCAUUAGAGACGCUGUAUUUUCAGUGUUUAGUGCAGCCGCUGAGACAAUAAGGUGUUUGUUUUGUGAAUUUAUUCCUGAAAAAGUGUCAAACUCAGAAGUGGCGAGAUGUGUUGAUAAAUUAUUACCGGAGUUGUUAUCAAAAUCGGGAGAUGCAAGUCCACGUGUUCAUAACUUGGCACAACAUACAAUUCUUGUCAUAGCAACAUGCAACGAAGUAAAAGAACAGCAUUUAGUAGCACCUUCAUUAUCUAGACCGGUAACAAAUGGAACACAUCCAAGAUUAGCUCUUUCAAGGAUGCAAAUGCUCGAACAAUUAGUUCUUAGUCAAGGAAUAAAUAAUGAGAAACAAAGUGGAUUGAGUCCAAGAUUAUUAAGUGAAUGUGGUAUACAAGGUAUUCAGCAUUCACAUGAACCAGUUAGAAAAGUCGCAGAACGAAUUCUCUUAGCCGUCUAUAAAGUCAAUCCUCGCCUCAUUCGCAAACAAUUACCGCCAGAUGAUGAAAUAACGAGACGAAAUUUGUUGUACAGACAAUUAUUUGCAGAAUUUGAUAAGAUUGACUUACAGAGGAAGCGUGAAAUGUUGGCAGAGCAAAAAGUGAAUACGAUCGAAUUUUCAAUUAAUGAGUGCUCAUCUAGUGAAACGUCUGGUGAAACAUCUAGGCCAAAGUCCUCAAAUGUCGCUGAGUCAAUUAAAAUCUUAAGAAUAAACGAUCGUGCUAGUCCAAUUCCAUUCAGACCAAGGAAUAAUCAGCAGCCUCAAAUUUAUAAAAGUAAGAGUGGUCAAUCAAUUAAAGACUUUGCAAAGCGUCAGGAAACUUUUAAAUGUACCUUUUGCGAUACUAUUGCAUUCUCGAAUCAUGAGCUUGAUUUUCACUAUUGGAAAAUAUGUCCAUAUCUAACAAAAUGUGAAAAUUGUAAAGAUAUUGUGAAAAUAUCAGAUUUCAAUAAUCAUUUAUUGAGUGAAUGUGAAAGAACAAAGGAUUUUGUAAAAUGUGAUGUCUGUCAUGAUGCAAUUUUAGUAAGAGAAUUAGAAAAACAUAAAAAGGAGCCACACUGUAGAGUAUUAACAUCAGGAAUAGCAAAGUGUCCACUUUGUAGAGAAAACAUCUAUUUGCCGGAUGACGGAGGAUAUGAGAGACAUAUAAGCAUUGGAUGUCCAAAACAAAAGCGCAAAAUUAUAAAAUAAUCUUUUUUAAUUAUCUAUAAUAAAAAGUUAAAAAAUUGC